CUUAAACAACAACAUAAAAUCAACUGAAGAGCUUCAGAAACACCUUCAAAUUCCUGAAGACAAGUUGGACAAAACAGUAACAACAGAAAGCUCAAACAAAAGAACUUUUUGCAGCAAGCCAUUCGCAACAGACUUUUCAGAUAUAACAGGCUGUGCAACUAAGACUAAUGUGUUGACAAAUAAAAAAAAUAAUAUUCCCAUUUCAGAUGACGAAUAUCAUUGUCAGAAAAAUUCUGACCAAGACAGGUCUAUUUCAUCACGUAUGAAAGACACUUUACCACUGGAUAAUCAACCGGUAACAUAUGAUUCAGGUGAUGACCUCGUUUCACUACCUUCAGCUUCCAAUGAGCACUUGAUAGAUCUAACGAAUGCUUCAAAUGAACAAAUGGAUGAUGCAUCAUUAAACACUUCUUCAAAAUCACAAAGACUGAAAACUAUAAUUCAGGAAAAACAAGAAGACAAUUCAUUGAGUGAAGAUUUAACAGAGAUAUAUGAAUUUGCACAUUUAUUUAAAUUACGCAGAUUAAGCUUGGGUUUGACACAAACGCAGGUCGGGGCUUCAUUGAAUGCGAAAGAAGGACCUGCAUAUAGUCAGAGUGCUAUCUGUCGAUUCGAAAAACUUGAUGUCACUCUGAAAUCUGCUAAAAGAAUGAAACCAGUUUUAGAAAGAUGGCUAUCUGAAACCGAGGCAAUACAACACAAUGGUACAAGUGAUUCAUUUGGGUCUCAACUUGUACACCGACCACCUAGGAAGCGUAAGCGUCGAACAUGUUUCAGUACGAGAGCACUUAACUGUUUAUUGAAUCAACUUGAAAGAAAUCCAUACCCAACAAAAGCUGAAAUGACAGAAUUGGCCAAAGCUCUUACAUAUGAUCGAGAAGUUAUUCGCGUCUGGUUUUGCAAUAGACGUCAAGCAAUCAAAACCACGGAAAAGCAGGCAAAAAGCAUACAAUCCUAA